ACUUAAACAGUUGUAUUGUGUAUUUUUAAUUUUUGAGUAGGUUGUAUAGGGCAUUUAUUGAAUAGUGAGCAUGGGGACCUUAGAAACUACAUGAAUGAACCUGACUGUAUUGAAUUGAUCUUACUAGUAAUCUAUCAGGAUAGUUGUCAUACAAACAAAACAUUUGAUUCUUAAACCGUAGCCUUGCAGCAUAAACACUGUGAUAAAACAGAAUUGAGGAUCUUGUUGUUUAUUCUACUCAAGAAAAACAUUGGAUAUGAACCAAAAAUAACACGAUCUAGCAUUAUAUUUAACUUUUUGUUGAACUCAAGUUCAAUUAAGGCAUUAGGGUAAGGUCAAAACACAAAUACAAACAGGAUUAAAAAAGACAUCAAAAAUAUUAAGCUGUGCAACCAUGCCAAGAUUUGGAGCUCCAAAAAGAGGGGCAAAUGGUUGGGGGAAGGGACUGGUAGAUUACAAGACCGUGCAAGUCACUGAUCUCAAACUUCGAUUAAUGUUGGAAGAUUUGGCCACACACUUUGGCAAGAAGAUUACUCUUCUGGAUGGAGAUUGUGAAAAUGCAUUGAACAAACACAAUGUUUCAUGCUAUCUGGAUAGUGUAGAUUCUCAGCACAUCAUGGGCAGAGCAGUUGACAUAAAGAUUUCGGGGGAGACCUCUGGCUUCUCAGUAAUGCAGAAGUUACGGUGGAGUGGUGUUAUUCCAUUAAAUGACUAUCAAAUAGUAUGCCAUGAACACAAUGGAGACAUGGAGGACUUUCACAUACACUUGGCAAGGUUUGGAGACAAUAGACCAACAUGUUGGAUAAUGCAAAAAGGACAUGAAUGCAAGCAGGAACAUAAUUGUUCAAAGACUUGUUCUAUAAAGUGAAACCAUUGGUGGAAGGUGUAUACAGGUGACGAGAUAUGACCAUGGAAACUUUCAUACACAAUACGUGCAACAGAAUCAUAUGAUUCAGUUGUAUAAUGUUGGCAUUGCAAUAUUCUCUCAACUCAGAAUUUUCAGCACUUCAUUAAUAAUCAUUGAUUUAGAACAUCAGUUAAAACAAAAUCAUUCUUA